AUGGCAGCUGAGGGGCUGCCUGCCGGGGGGCCCACUGGGGCCCUGCCCGGUUGGGAGCUGGAAGCCUGGUACCAGGACCUGCAGGAGGUGCUGGCAGCAGCAGAAGAGCCCUGUGAGCCUUCCCCACCCUGGGGAGUUGAGCAGGCAGAACUGGCUCCGUUGUGGGGCAGAGAGGGAGAUGGCAGUGGUCCAGAGGACUGCGAGCUGGAUGCUGCCCUGGCUGUUGAGCUGCUGGAGCUGCUGGGGCCAGAGAGCACAGUGGGCACAGAGCCAGCAGGACUGCCAGCCUCAGCCUCUAGCAGGAGCUCCCCACCUCGGCUGGGCACAGAGGAGGAUGAGGCAGCAGCAGCUGCAGGGCAUGGUGUGAAGAGGAAGAGAUACGGUGGCCCAGCAGCAAGCAGGGAGCUGGCUAAGCGCCGGGAGUGGGCCAGUGAGCAGCAGGUGCUGGAGCUGACGGCUCACAAUGAGCAGCUCCGGGAAGAGAUCCAGCGGCUCAGCGCAGAGGUGGAACGCACACGGGCAGCCCUCAUAGACCACAUUGUGAACCUCCACCAGGCUUAG